AUGGCCGACACGGAACAGGGAAGACAGUCAGAAGAGACGUCUGCAAGGUCUGCCCGGCUACAAGAACGCUUCCGAGCGUGCAUGGGAGAUGACUCCUCCCAACGGAUAUACACGCAGCUCGACGCCUUUCGUGGUCGCCUCUGGUCGGAGAUCGCAAGUGCGCAAACUGGGGCCAUUGUCUGGUGGACCAUGACCUCAGGGCUCUCGGCGAUGAUCUUCGUUUGGUGGCUGGGGGGAGAUCACUGGCUAACCGGCCAGUGGAUCCUCAGCGCUGUCCUCUUGAUACUUUCGGCUAUCCUGGCCUUGGGCUUUGGGCCGUCCAUGCCCGAAGCCAGUGCCAUCCUCGAUGCCGAAGACGUGCUGUGGUGCAUCAUCAUCGGUCUGCUGUGCACUUGCUAUUGCUUCCCACAGAUGCUGCUGGCACAGGAUCUUCUCCAGAACUUCUCGGAGGACCUGGCCGAAGCCAGGGGCUCCUAUCAAGCCAUCUUUUGGUCUUGCGUGGUGGCCAUGGUGGCGGUGCCCAUCUUUGCCAACUGGCACAUGAUCAUCACCAGGGCCUGGCUGUCCACGUUUCGCGAUUACCGUACAGUCGCAGAGACUGUCAUCGACCAUAAGAUCGUGACGCUGCGCCCUGGAAGGCUUGCUAAUAAAGCCGAGCAGCAACCCCUCGUCGAUGGCAAGGCCAUGGCUAUGGGCGACUCUGUUGACGUGAUCCAGAAGAAAAUCUAUCUCGGUGGAGCCACGGAUGCUGAGUGCACCGUGCAGACGGACCAGCCGGCAGUGCUGGUGUCGGACCACUAUGGGACUUGGGCCAUCACAGAGCAGGCCGGCGAAUCGGCAGGGAUGAAAUACGAAGCCACGAUCCGAGUCGUCGCAGGUGAGAAAUUGCUGAUUUUCCGUGGUUUUGCCAGCCCAAGCAUGCCGGACAUGCUAACGGAUCUGCGCGCCACCUCGUAUGAUGUCUUGCGGAAGAAGCCGCAUGCCAUGUGGCUGAGCAAAAUCAUGAUCCAGGUGAAGCAUGUCGCCUUCAUCCUUUCCAUUGCGUUGUUGAUUUUGGUACUGGGCUUGACUCACAGUACCAUCCCAUCCUUGUGGGAUGCUCUUGUGGGUGAAGCCCUUCCCUGUUUGAUCCCACUGCCGGACUGGGUCGACAAGCCCGGGUGCAUUAAUGAUGUCAUGAUGACCGUGGGCAACUCUUCGAUGCCCACCUGGGGCUUCUACGACAACAGCACGGAUGUUCAGACCCCGGCCAACGUCGAACUGUAUUCCCAGGGCUACUGGACGAUCAUGUCCUACUUCGUGGGUUUCGCCUUCUCUUCGCUUAUAUACGGCAUGCUGUUUUGCAGCCUCCCUCUCAUCGUGAUGCAAGUGUGGUCAGCCGGGAACAGACUAAACCAACUCAACGACCUGCUGUUGGUCCACCAGUGGAGUAUUGGAGGAUUGAAGCAUCGUCAAGCCUUGAUGCUCUACAAGCUUUACCAUCUGCGUGCCAGCAUCUCCCAUCUUGAUAUGCGCAACUUCUAUGAGCUGGACACAUACCCGGACUUCUUGCUUCAGCCAGUGGACAACCCGGCUGCAUCCGACACAUUCUUCUGGUGGUUCCGUACCCGCGCGGCGAUCUUUGCAGACACCAGCUGGACCUUGAUGCUGGUGUCGCCCUUGCUCUAUGUCGGUAUAAUUAUUGUGAUCGCCAUUGUUGUUGGCACGAUAUUGCUGGAAGCCACUGGUGGUAUGGUGUUCCCACUCGUUGCCUACACGGUCAUCGACGGAAUGUUCUUUGGAGCCUUUAUGCUCGGGUUCAUGAUCUACGGCGCGAAUGUCAAUGAUGCGUUGUCGCUGGCGGGACCCUUGCUCAGCCAACUCCCUGAGGUCCAAAAUGUUGCGCUUCAAGAUUUGCUUGCCUUCGAAGGGUCACACACCUUGCAGCUGACUUUUCUGGGAAUACCAGUAGGCACUCGAAUGGUGUAUUCCUAUCUGAUGGCGCUGGUUUCAUACAUGAUCACCAUCCUCAUCGCUGUCCUCAAGUCGCUCUUCGUGCCGUGGAUCUUUCAGUUUGAGCCGCAACAAUAA